CAAACAACCAUUGCAUUCACCACCUCCUUGCAUGAAACCCUUUGCUCGCCUGCGUUGGUGUGUUUCGCGACCUACACUCCGCUCAAUCCCUUCCCGUCUCCCACCACCUCGCUGCACUGCUCUACACCAACGCCUACGAAACUACACCACCGAGAACACCGAAGACGAGAUGGGCAAAGACAAGGACAAGGAGAAGAGCAACUUCCAGCUCAAGGUGCCCAAGGGGACCAAGGACUGGGAGGGCAAGGACAUGGUGAUUCGCGACAAGAUCUUUGGCGCCAUCACCGAGGUCUUCAAACGCCACGGCGCGGUGACAAUAGACACACCCGUGUUUGAGCUCAAAGAGAUUCUCUCCGGCAAGUAUGGCGAGGACAGCAAGCUCAUCUACGACCUCGCAGACCAAGGCGGCGAGCUUUGUUCCCUCCGAUACGACCUCACAGUCCCCUUUGCGCGAUGGCUGGCGAUGAAUUCGAGCGUACAAAGCAUCAAGCGAUACCACAUCGCAAAAGUCUACCGGCGAGAUCAACCUGCGAUGACGAAAGGGAGGAUGCGAGAAUUCUACCAGUGCGACUUCGACAUUGCCGGCGUGUACGAUCCCAUGCUCCCCGAUGCCGAGAUUAUUCGCAUCACGUGUGAGAUUUUCGAGGCGCUGGGAUGGCAUGGGCGAUACACCAUCAAGAUCAACCACCGCAAGAUAUUGGAUGGCAUAUUCCAGGUGUGCGGCGUACCGACAGACAAACUGCGCACAAUCUCAUCGGCCGUUGACAAGCUGGAUAAGACGCCAUGGGAAGAAGUACGGCGAGAGAUGACGGAGGAGAAAGGGCUAGACCCCGAGGUUGCAGAUCGGAUAGGAGAGUUUGUCGUACAAAAAGGUGGCCGACCACUUCUCGACAACCUGCGACAAAACCAACAGCUCCAAUCGAACGAAUCCGCAAAAGCCGGUUUGGCUGACAUGGACCUCCUCUUCACAUACCUCCAAUCCUUCUCCGUCCUGGACAGAGUCUCCCUAGACAUGUCGCUCGCACGAGGACUCGACUACUAUACCGGCGUCAUCUACGAAGUCAUCACCGAAGGCUCCGCACCGCAAACGCGCGAAGGGCAGAAAGUGCAGCAAGCCGCCAAGAAAGAAUCCAAAUCCAGCAAGCACGAUGGCGAAGAAGACCGAAGUAACGACCCGAGCGUCGGCGUCGGCUCAGUAGCAGCCGGCGGCCGCUACGACAAUCUCGUCAGCAUGUUCAGCGGCAAGCAGCAGAUCCCGUGCGUCGGCAUCUCCUUCGGCGUCGAUCGCAUCUUCUCCAUCACCAAGCAACGCCUCAACGCCGACGCCUCCUCCAUCCCCAUCCGCACCAACGAAGUGGACGUGUACGUCAUGGCGUUCGGCGGCAAAGGGUUCGACGGCUUGCUCCCACAGCGCAUGGAAGUCGCGAAGCGGUUAUGGGACGCGGGCAUCAAGGCCGAGUUUAGCUGGAAGGUGAAGCCCAAGCUUCCCGCGCAGUUCAAAGCGGCGGAAGUCAAUGGGGUGCCAUUCGCGCUGAUUCUGGGCGAGGACGAGCUGGCUGCGGGCAAGUGUAAGAUUAAGGAGAUGGGGUUGGCAGAUGGGCAUCCGGAGAAGGAGGGGGUGAUGAUUGAGAUGGCGGAUUUGGAGACGGAGGUCAAGGAGAGGCUGGGCAGGCAGGGCGGUUCGCCGGCGGGAGUGGCGAAUGGGGUUGCGGGCAUGAGCUUGGAGGAGGCGAGAGAUGCUCCUAAGACGAGCUGAGUGCGGUCGUUUCGCGGUUAGAGAUGAAAUGUAGAGCUACGAUGCCGGUGCUGCAUGCAUUAACGCUGGCUCAUUGAAGC